GUUACUCUGUACAACUUUAACCCUUGUACAUUGGGUUCCAGUAAGCCAGGCAACAAAAGGGACCUUCAAUAUUAAGAUUUCUGGGGCCAGUAAAAUGUUUCAUCUUGGGAUCAUCAUUCUUCUUAUAGCUGUUUCUCCUGCCAAAUGCCAGACUUCCAGCACCUCUUCAUUAAUCAGCACUCUUGAUGAACUCCUAGCCAUUCUUCUCAAACUUAGCCAAGCACUCAAUGCUUCGACUACCACAAAAGUGCCAGCCACUACUCUGGCCAUCACCAAUGCCAGUACUGUGCCAAUCACUACUGGUAGUACAGGAACAUUCACCACUGCAUUGACCAAUAGUUUUCCAACAUCGACCAGUAACACAGUGACUUAUACCGCUCAACCAAUAUCAGACGUUAGCACUGGAACAAAGUCUAGUACUGGGAGAAAUAUCCUCCUAAACAGUUCUUCAGGAACCAUCUCCACUGCCAGUAGCCCCCCAGCAUCAACCAGUGUUCAGGGAAUCACUGUCACCUCUGGUAGCAGCAACGUACUAGGAUCAACUAGUUCUCCAAAGAUCAGUUCAGUUUCUGGUGGCACCAGCAUCCCAGCAUCGACCAAUAAUCCAGAAACUAUUUCCAGUACAAACAAUAAUGGCCUCUCUCAAUCAACCACCAACCUAGUGACUAUUCUACCUCAAAGCAAUAGUACUUUGCCAGCAUUAACAAGUAACACAUUAAGAAAUGCUACCAAUUGCCUAUCUGAGAUUACUAGUAGGCCAGUUUCUAGAACUGCCAAUGACGGAUCAACUAUAACCAAUAACCCAUCGGUGAGCACCAACAGUUCUCAAAUAAGCAGUCAACCAUCACAACUCAACACAACCACAUAUUCUGGCACCAGGAUCCCUAACCAAUCAGAAACAUCCAGUAAGGCUAGCUUUAAUGCUGCAACCACUAACACAGCUUCUACUGAUCUCAUAACCAGUGGUCCGACAGGAAGUAAUACAAGCAUAGGCACACCAUCUACCACUAACAUCAAUAUCAAGUCAACAACCAACAAUGGAUUAACCCCUACCAGUGCCACAACCGGCAGCCAAUCGGCAACAACAACUCCAUCUACUACCACGAGUAAGAGUGCAUCUCAAACCACAGUGAAUAACGGGAAAACAUUGUCACCAACAGUGGGAGCAACCACUGCCUUUCCAGUGUGGGACAUUGUCCUCAUUGCAUUAGCAGCUUUCAUAGGAGCCCUCCUCCUGGUUAUCCUCGUCGUUGCUAUUGCACAUAUGGCAAAAAGAAAGAAAUCGAGCCGUGCCACCACUUACCACGUCAACCAAUCAACAGCAUGAGCAGUAUUGCAGAUUCUGUGGCUUCUCCAGAAACAUGUUACUACAUAACCGAUAAAUGCUCCGUUCCACCACAUAGUUUAAUGGGUGACACCCUCUGUGAAUCUUUCUGGCUACAAAAACAAAACUCCCCACCACUCUCUUUAAUAAGCACAUUAUCAGAGCUACCUAAUGAUGUGUGAUAUGUCUGGGAUUCAAAAGUGAAUUUGAAGUGGAUUUUUGACCAAACGAGUUGACUGGAAACAUUCUCAAAGUCAACUAUGUUUUCAGUUCAAAUAUUGUGGCUUCAAAUUUGAA